UACUAUAAACUACUCGUUCAAUGCAUGAUUCCAUGAGACGUGAAACACAAGCAAUAAUUCAUUCAAUGUCAUGCCUUUCUUUUUCUCCUUCUUUGUUUCCCUUUCUUGAUUUGAAAAAUGAAUUUGGAUCUAUUGCCUGACGAUUGUUUUGCACAUAUUCUGUCAUUCACAUCUCCCAUUGAUGCAUGUCGAAUCUCUCUCGUUUCGUCGGCGGUUCGGAUUUCAGCUAAUUCGGACAAUGUAUGGCAGAAAUUUCUGCCAUCAGAUUAUCAGGACAUUCUCUCCAGGUUACUGCAUCCAUUGGUUUACUACUCAUCCAAGGAGUUAUUCUUCAGGUUAUGUAACCCGCAUCUAAUUGAUGGAGGCAAUAAGACGUUUUCAUUAGAGAAGUCAUCAGGUAAAAAGCGUUAUGUGUUGAGUGCCAGGGAGUUGAAUAUUACAUGGGCAGAAAACCCUCUCUUCUGGACCUGGAAACCCUUCACAGAAUCAAGAUUUUCUGAAGUUGCUGAACUUCGAACCAUCUGGUGGCUGGAAAUCGGAGGCACAAUAAAUUCUCGGAUGCUGUCUCCAAAUAUAGUCUAUGAAGCUUAUUUAAUUGUGAAGUUUUUUGAUCGUGCAUAUGGACUAGACCUUUUACCAUCAAAAGUUUCAGUUGAAGUUGGACAUGUUAAAUCAGAAGGGACAGCUUGGUUACGCCAAUAUGAAAGUAAGAAACAGUGGUUAGAGACUAUCUGGCUUUCAAAUCAGAUUGAAGCUCCGAGAUCAAGGGCUUUUAGAAGAAUUGAAGAAAGGGUUCCUGGCAAGCGUGAAGAUGGGUGGAUUGAGAUUAAAUUGGGACAUUUUUAUAAUCAUGGAGGUGCUGUAGAAGUAAAGAUGUGUCUAAAGGAGGUGACAGGGACGCACCUGAAAGGAGGACUGGUUGUUGAGGGGAUUGAGCUGAGGCCGAAACAGUUGUGAAUUAAAUAAAAAGCCUUUUGGCUAGCCAAAUGAU